AUGACAGGAAUCAAAAGAAUAUCGUUUAGUUUUAAUCCGUUAUUAGAAAAAACAGAGUCCAUCAGACGCUUCUGUUUCAUAAUUAGUGAACCAAGGUGGAGAUUAUCUAAUGCUAGUCUUUCCACAAAGAUUUGUGUGCUAUCAGAAAGACGUCCCCCUGAAAUUGAAAUCGCUUACAGAAGUUGCCUUUUGAAUUAUUUUCAGAUGACUUCUAAAACUGUGGAUACCUUUUCCAAUAUGAAUUCUGCAAAGAGGGAAGAAACUGUCUUAGUAUUCUCUAGACCAUCUGAAAAAUACAUCUGCCUAGUCUGUGUAAAUUCCCUCGAUUCCAAAGAAAAAUUCUUCAAACACCUCACUUUACAGCAUGGCUGCGUGGAUUUUUUGCAUGGAGAGGGUCAAACAAUGAUCAGCACUCAGUUUGACUGGAUUCGUUUCAUAAAUUACGUGCGGAGAAAUAAACCGUCUAAUUUACGCGAGGCGUUUCAUGGUAUGGCUUGGAAAACUGAUUCACAUGACUUAUUAUAUCCAGUAUUGCCUAAUGAUGAAGUAUUGUCUAUCGAUAUGAGUGAAUUAAUUACGUCCAACGGAAAUCCAGUCGACUCAGAAUAUGAUUCAGAUGGUUGGCAAGAAGUUACACUGCCUGAUUCACUCUCCUCUGAAAAGUAUAUAUGUUUAAUGUGUGAAGAGUUUUUCAAUUCAGUUCCACAAUUCUUUCGACAUCUUACUAUUCAGCAUGACUGGGUCAAUUUUUUAGACGGUGAGGGUAGAAGUAUUUUCAAUGAUCAGUAUGAUUGGAUUCGAUUUGUAAAUUUCGUUCGUAAAACUCAACCAACUGAUAUACGUCAAACAUUCUAUGAUAUGAUUUGGAAAACUGACUCUAUAGAUUUACUCUAUCCUGUUUUAGUGGAUGAUGAAGUUUUAUCAAUUGAUAUUGAAUUAUAUUUAGUGGAUAAUCAAAGAUCACGCAUACCUGAGAAAAUUUUACCUUGUGAAAAUACCACCGAAUCCAGAGAAAUUGUUAUUCUACCGCCAUCGAAAGAAAUGUCACGUGCAAUUGAAGAAAAUAAAAUGUUACGCUCACAAUUGAGCAAUUGCAAACGUUUACUUUCUAAUAUGGCUAAAGAUACAGUGAAGACGAAAUCGUGUAGCAGUAGUCGAUCACCAGAUCAUUCUUCAGAUAUUGAACCAUAUGAUUCCUCUUAUUUUGGAUCGUAUGGUCAUUUCGAGAUACACGGAGAAAUGAUAAAUGAUCGAAUACGUACUGAUUCUUAUGUGAACUUUAUCUUAUCCAAUUCUAAAAAGUAUUUUGAAAAUAAAAUCAUCUUGGAUGUUGGGUCUGGUUCAGGUAUCCUUUCUAUGAUUGCUUCACAAGCUGGUGCUGCACAUGUCUAUGGAGUAGAGGCUGCUGAUGAGAUCUUCGCAGCUUCACAUGAAACUUUGAGAGUGAACAAUUUACUCGGACGUAUCACAAUCAUUCAUGGUCAAGCAGAAUCUGUGGAACUCCCUGUUAAACAGGUCGAUGUGAUUAUCUCCGAGUGGAUGGGAUAUUUUCUACUCUUUGAAUCAAUGCUCGACUCUGUACUAGAUAUUGCAUCAAAAUAUCUAUCACCAAAUGGCCAUAUAUUUCCACGUCACUAUACUCUUCAUCUGUUAGGUGUACAAUGUUCGGAUAAAUUACGUGAACGUCGAUUAGAACAUUGGAAUAAUGUCUAUGGUUAUAAUAUGCCAGCAUUACGUCGUGCAGCUUUGAGUGAAGCGCAUAUAUUGAAUUUAACUAAUGAACAGCAGAUGUCAUUAUCGCCAUCAUCCUCACCAUCAAAAUCACCGAUAACAAUUUUAACUCCUCAAUCCUAUGAAUUAAUCAGUUUAGAUCUACAAGAUAUGCAUAAAAAGCGUGUUUAUCACUUAUCGAAUCAUUGUUCUAUAUUAUAUGAACAAAAUUUCAGCCUACUUAUUCAACCGACACUUGAAACAACAACCACUGCUGCUACUGAUGAUGAUAACUUCAAAUUAGAUGCUAUUGUUGGCUACUUCGACGUACGUUUCGAUGAUAAUGCAGAUACUAAGAUUGAAUUCUCCACAUCACCAACAGCUCCUUUGACGCAUUGGAAACAGACAUUAUUAUUUUUGGACAAACCGAUUACUGUCAAGUCAGGUGAGAUUAUCACCGGGAGGUUAACCAUUCGUCGGGCUACAACUGAUAAUCGAGGUUUAGAAAUCAAUCUAUUCCUCAAUGAGACUGAGAAUUCCCAGAGUGAAACCAAUCAACAUGUUAAUAUGCAGCAGCCAGAGAAUUUUUUCCCUUGGACAUAUUGGUAUCACCCUAAUCAACUUCUGUAUAUCUUACAGUUUUCAAUAUCGCAGGAUUUCACUUGUUUUACUAAUACCGAUUUCAAUCAUAUACAAUGGAUUAAUGAAGCAUUGAAAUCCUCUGAUCCUAAACAUUUGGAUCAAAAAGCAUCUGAUCUUGUGUUACAACUUCAAACGCAAAUGAAGGAUGUGAUGCAAACUCUGGGUCAUAUCUGUCAAGAGGCUAUUUCCUCUAUCCCACGUGUCCUACGUGAAAUUGAAUCAGUGAAAACCGAUGUACUUACAUUGGAUUGUGAUGUGAAAACACUACAGCAUAACAAUCUUCAAAUGGAUACUAAAAGUCAAAGUAUCGUUAACUCACUGGUUGAUCUUGACAAAACUCGAAAAAAUGCUCAGUCAGCUGCAGAUGCUCUUCGUGAAACAGAUCGUUGGAUCUGUCUAUUUCAGUCCAUUGAUGAAUUAUUUGAAACAGGAGAUUUAGACCAGCUUUGUUCUACCAUUGAAGGUAUGGAUCAGUGUUUGGCAUCACUAAUCCAUGUAACUGACUAUGAUGAACGUGUUAAACGUGUUGAUAAUUAUAAAAAUAGUUUAGAAAGUUUAAUUGCACCACAACUGAUACAAUCCCUCGAUGAUUUAAGCUCAUUUAUGAUGAAAGAUGAACCACCAUUAAUGAUGAAUGGUAGGGAGAAAGGGAGAUAUAGUGGUGAUGGUGAUGAUGAGGGCAAGGAGGAUGCUAUUGAUAUUCUGACCACCGAAACGUCUCUUCUUUAUUAUGCUGCAGAACUGAAAACAUCUCGUCAUUUAAUCAACUUGUUAUAUCGUAUUGGACGUGAAGAUGCUGCUAAAAAUUAUUAUCGUAAUUGGUUAAAAGAUAAGUUGACAAAUUUCUGGAAUCGCAGUUUCUCUCAAACAACGGAAUCAUCUGCAACAACAGACUCCUUGUUAUUGGCCUCAGUUAUUCGGAGAUUAUCUACUUAUCCGUCUAACUUAACUGGAACGAAUCAACGAACAAAAAUCAAUUGCCUAGCGCAUACAUCUGAGAAUGAUAACUUUCAGGACAUAAAUUCAUCAAUUCUUAUCAAUAAUACAAUGUAUUUCUACUCAUUAUUGAUUUGUUUCUUCAAAGGUCAGCUAGGUGCUAGAUUAUUUCACAAAUCACAAAAAGAUCAUCAUCUUGAACAAGAAAUUUCUUAUCCUAUUGGACUAGUUUUGGAAUUCACAAACUUACUGGUUUCUUUUCAACCAUUUCAAACAUUUACGAAUUCCUUGGUAGACUAUCGUCUAGUUGGAUGUUUAUUUCGAUUGACUGUUAGGUGUUUACAGUGUUUUGAAGAGCUCCUGAUUCCUUUUGAUUCAUUCUCCUCAGACAUUACACACAGUGAUGUCGUAACACUGUCGAAUGAUGGUAACAAUCAUGUCAAAGAUGAUAGUUUUGUUAAUCAUUUGAAAAAUGCCUACAUCCGAUUGAUUCAAGGGCUGAUUAGUCCAUUCAUAGGUUUGCCUGAAUUAUUUGCUAAAUUUCUGCGUAAACAAUUUGAUCAAGAGUUGAAUACACUGAAUAUUACGGUUAGUAACAAUCCAUCGCACAUAUGGGAUAAACUACACCAAAAUGUCGUCAGUCGGUCAUUUGAUCUAUUCUAUGCUUCAGUUGACUUAUGCUUUGAAGAAACUGGAGCUGUUAGCCUUCCCUUUGUACUAGAUAUUAUUCAUUCCUAUUGGGAUUCACUUAUCGCUAAAUGGAUGGUAUGGAAUAGUUGGAUUGAAAAACAGUUGAUUAAAUCAGAUUCUGAGCUAAGCUAUAAUCAAGCAUUCGGCUUUAUGUGGGUAUUGAAAUUUGCUCAGUUAACUGGUGAUUUAAGUUCACGUUCUGACGCCUUUGUCGAGUAUGUGAUGUCGAAAUGUGCGAAUUGGUUGUCGCAGAUUUGUAAUCACGCUGAUAGUAGUAUUUUUAGCAAAGAAAAUCAUACUGUGACUUCUAGUAAGGAUAAGAAAACUGACAGUCACCUUUCUAUACCAAACAUAUUUAAAUUAACUUUACAUCAGUUAGUGCUUAAACAAUCAACCGAAUGUCAACAGGCAAUUCAUAUUCUCGCUUAUCCGCCUAACUUAACAUCAUCAUCGUCACCAUCAUCAAAUUCAACGGAAUCCAUAAGUAAAUCCAAAUCAUCUGAAGUGAUGAAUACAACAAUGAAAUCACGCAAUAAUUUAAAUGGAUUGCAUAAAUCCAGUUCUAUGCUGUGCCGUGCAACUGUUGGCAUUGUACGUCAAGUCACCUUAGCUCCAAUACGUUAUUACUUGAAAACUGUACCCAAUUUAAGUGUUUGGUUCACUUAUCCAAGUUGUGGGGAAUCUUGUUUACCAGAUUUGGCUUAUUUACCACAGGAUUAUAUUACACAGAUUGGCCAAUAUCUGUUUAUGUUACCAGCUCAGUUGGAACCUUAUGCAUCAAUCGAUUCUACUCUUGAUACAACCACUGAAGAAAGUCCGAUCGAUGAUUAUUCUAGCUCACCAUUGUCGUUAUCCGGUUUAACUCAUUGCCUUCAUUUAGGUGACUCCGAUAUCAACUUCACGAUACCUUCGCAUCGAUCAAGUGAAAGCCAACACCAACAAGAAGGUAACGGGACAAUAAUGACAACAAUAACUUCAACAUUACCUCGUAGACGUCAGUUGAGUAGCAAUUUUAGUCAAAUGAAAUCUGUCAUAGACGAUGGUAAAACACCAAGUGAAUCAUCUGUAUACUGUUGGUUAGAAAAUUUGAUUUCUGUUAAUGUUUGCGAUUUAAUUCUUAACACAAUACUACAAAUUGGUUUAAAUAAGUCUACGGUAAAACCGUUGACAACAGCUGCAACUAUGAAAUCUGAUCAUGAUGAAAGUGAUGAUACUGAUGAUCAACCUUUACUUACUAAACAUGGUUUAAAACAAUUGGAUGUGGAUUUAGGCUAUUUCUUCAGUAUGCUGCAUGAUUUAAGUAUUAGUGUUCCAAGUAAUCUACAAACACUACGUGAUUUAAUCAGUUGUCAAGCAGAUGAAUUUCCUAAACUGUCCGCUGAUCGUCCACCUAAAAUUGUCAAUGCUGUAGCCAAUUUUCGUGGUUUCUAG